CACAUCAGUAUCCAUGUGUCAGGUGGGCUUUAUUAUUGUGUAACUCCAAUAUGGCAGCGCUCGUGGACACAAGACGUGUGUUGCUGAAGUUGAAGGGCUUUCCACAAUUGAUACCCCGCAGAUACCGAGUUAAAAAGAAAUGGGCUGCCACUCACCCCAGGAUCACCUCCACUAAGCUGGCCUUGCAGAACUUUGACGUGAAUUACGGCACACAGUUUGGGGAGCGCUGGCCUUCAAUCCGGAUCAGCCUUCUGUCAGAGCAGAAGUACGGCGCACUGAUCAACAACUUCUCCUCGGCACAGGAAUUGAUGAAAGGGCUGGAGCUCCAGGGGGCCAGGGACUUUGUAUACGAGGCUCGGGCUAGAACCUGGAGUCCAGGAUCAGUGGGAGGCAAGCCGCGGGGGGGCGAGGAGUUAGUAUGGAGCAGCUCACUGGCAGCUGGACAGUCAGGCAGUGAGGUUCCAUUGUCCAGUCAGGUGGGUGAGGGCAUGGAGAUGGCAGCUGCCACUGAACCACCUAGUCUGAGCCCAAAUAUAAAGUGCUUUACAUUUCCGAAAGGAGACGUCACUGGCUUCAGUCCUGCCAGGCUGGAUGGCUCUGGGCUUCUCGGAUACUAUCUGCUGGACGCUGCCUCGGUUUUGCCAGUCCUGGCUCUGGAUGUCCAGCCAGGUCACACAGUUCUUGACCUCUGUGCAGCGCCGGGUGGGAAGACCCUGGCCCUCAUCCAGACCCAGGCCUGUUGGCGGCUUGCGGCGAACGACUCCUCUGUGUCUCGCACUGGUCGGCUUCGAAGGAUCCUGCAGAGCUACAUUCCCAGGGAGCACAGCACAGAGGACAGGGUCCGCAUCACUUCCUUUGAUGGCAGGAGGUGGGGCGAGUUGGAGAGUAACACGUUUGACAGAGUGCUGGUGGACGUCCCCUGUACCACAGACAGGCACUCGCUGCUGGAGGAGGAAAAUAACAUCUUCACACGCUCACGGAGCAAAGAAAGACAGACGCUGCCCCUGCUGCAGUCUCAACUCCUGCUUGCAGGUAUCAAGGCUGCGCUGCCAGGAGGAGUGGUGCUCUACUCCACCUGCACGCUGUCCCAGCUGCAGAACGAGUGUGUGGUGGAGAGAGCCGUGCAGGUGGCCCAUGAGGAGCUGGGAGUGACUGUGCACAUCGAGGACCUGUCCCCCCUCACACAGCUCUUCAGAGACACCUUUAACUUUGCCCAGGGCAUGCGGCUGGGGGAGCUGGUUUUGCCACACCUCACCUCCAACUUUGGACCCACUUACUUCUGCAAGCUGCGCCGCGUUAAUUAAGGAUAGGACAUGGCUAGACCAUGUAGCAAGGCUGAAGCUUAGCUUGAAGUAUCAAUAGUGCAUAUGGAUCCUCUGCUCUUUAUAAUGCUUUACGAACUGGUUGGUUACUGACUGUUCAGCUUCAAACGUGUGAUUGUUUAAGCAGGGGACAAGAUCCAAGGGACAUUAUGCACCAAAUCACCCAGUGACAUACAUGCACGACAUACAUGCAGGAAAUUUCUUUUAUUAAAAAUCAGGUCAAUAAUUUAGGGGGUUAAGCUUGACCAUAUUAAGCCACGAUGAAAUUAAGCCAUAUUGUGGAAAUGUUUUUUUCUGUAAGUGUGUUUUUUUUUUUUUUAUAGUUUUUUUUGUGUUUUUUUUUUAAAGCUUAGAAAUAAAAGUUGUCAAGUAUAAAAAUAUAUAUAUAUUUAUUUGUAAAAUACAUUUUGUAGCUAUUUUUCAGGUUUCUGAUGGUACAUCACAGCGUCAGUCUUUAAAAUACUUACCAUAACCAUUCAUGUAAAGGUCAAUUUUGGGGACUAGAAACUUCCUGCAAAUCCAACUGACUCACUUUGUGACCUUGAGCAAGUCACUUAACCUCCUUGUGCUCCGUCUUUCGGGUGAGACGUUGUUGUAAGUGACUCUGCAGCUGAUGCAUAGUUCACAAACCCUAGUCUCCGUAAGUCGCCUUGGAUAAAGGUGUCUGCUAAAUAAACAAAUACAAAAAAUAUAAUAAAUAAAAGAAAAUGGAAGGUUUGACAUGCACUCAAUGAAUACCAAGGAGAAAAUGCUGUAAAAAUAGAGGUGAGUAAUGUAUGUGCUGCUAGAUAAUGUGCCAUCACAUGCACUGUAUUAUUAUUAUUAUUAUUAUUAUUUAUUUCUU